GUAUGACAGGCACCCGAAAGACUUCUCGAAGACUUCUGGAUCUCCCUCAAGGGGCGAUGCUGCUCGAGCUGGGGCUGCUUAAGAAGUCACAGCUUCUGCCCUCGGAACGAUUCCAUUUAAGACUCGUUGUCUGCGUGGCAUGCACCUUCACUGAGCACCCAUGGAACAUAUCAUCAGAGUCACCCGCGCGGACCUCGCUUCCGCAACGAUGUCUCGUAGCAGCGGCGAUGUCUCCCUAAGUACGCUUGUUGGUUUGGGGACCACCUCUGGCAAGGCGGUUAUGAAAGUAGGAGAGAUAGUCGUACAGGGCGUGGAUAUGAUUGGCAUUGCCGUUCGCCUGCAUAGGAUUGGGAAUAUGCUAGAAGCCGAGCAUGGACAUAUUCCUCAUGAUUGUUAUGAGGAGGUGCUGGAGUAUGGACGGCCUGGCUUAUAUCCUCGACUUAUCAGAACUCGGGCAUGGACCUUACUACUACGCUUGAUGGAAAGGCAGCGUGUUCAGGGGAUUGUCGACACACUUGUUCAGUGGUAUGAACUCGACAUACAAAUGUUCAUUCGGCAACUAUAUAUUUUUAAAUCAUCCGGAUGGCAAAUGCGUCUUCUAACCGAUCCUCGCGUCGUAUCCGAUUCUCGACUCCCAAAUACCCCUCAGCUGUCGGUGAAUGAGCAGGACAAGAACAUGGCAUCUAGUUACCUGACCAUAAUUUCCUCCCUCCUGAGGUCUAAACCAAAUGCGUUGCGUGGUGAAUUUUUGAUCGAAGAACUCGUAUUCUUGAUUACACCGACAACAGCGAUCGAUAUAGCCAUGGAGAAAAAUACGGGGAGCCAAACACUAUUCCGGCUAUACAACCAUAUCGCUUUGGAGUAUAAACACGGGCAUUCCGAUAGAUGGCGAACCUUUCCUCUGGCGGCCUGGGAUGCUAUCGAAUACUUGAGAAUGGAGGGACCGGACCAUUGCAUAGAAGUCAUGCACCAUGCACUCCAUCACUUGCAACCAUUCGCCUCCAUUGAACAACAGCCGUCGCACAACACGUCUCUCGCAGUUUAUGAGUCUGCGGGGUUGCAAAUACACGUUCAUCCAGCACUACCUAUCAUCUUAUUCGUCGCGCAUCUUUGUCUUCGUCAUCCAACGGCCUUUGAAAUUUUCCUCGGUCGCGGAUUCUUGGACAUCCUCGAACGCAUGUGGCUGCUGGACUUUCCAGGAACUGUCGAAGACGAUAGUGGAAAUUUAAUUGGCGAGGACCUGCGCACCGCUUGCUGCAUAGCUCUUAGUGUGUUUUCUGCAUACCGACAUAAUCUAGCAGAGCAACUCCGAGAAUACAAGCGGGAUUGGUUUAUGGAGGUCUGCCCUCAUUUUCUUCAGCACUAUGACGAGGUCAAUGCGACCCGUAUUCGCCUUCCAGGGGUUGAACAUCACCGUCCUGGCGAUCGGGAGGAGUUUUACGCUGUUUUAGUACAAGAACUGAGUUCGAUAUGGGCGAGUGAAAGACUUUGGGAUACUUUUUUCAUGGAGUUACACGAAGGACGCAGUUUACAUGUCUCACGAGCUAUUUUGGAGCUUGAAGUCGACGAUGCAAAAACCGUCCUGCAUUGGUUGUCGGUCUUCAGCUUAUCCGAUAUGAAGACUUUCGUAUACAAGGGAACCCUGGACGAAGUAACUCCAAAGCACAUCGGUCUAUGUGACCACCAAUAUGAGAUCAUUUGCGGUAGGGGCACAGCUUGCGUAUACCCCGGUGUACAUCAGCCAAAGUACUUUGAUCUAUGUAAACAUCAGGGCUUUCAUGACCUCAUCCAGCAUGUCCUAGCUGAGAAGCCUGGUCUACUGUACGAGGACGUGGGGGUUGAUGGAUGGUAUAAAGGCGACCGUCAUCUAACUGGGGAGGAAGUUAUCUCUGCUCUAUGCAGUUUAGGCGAAAGCGGCAGUUGAUCAUAAUGUGUAAGUCGAUUGAAUGUGUAUUAUGCGGAAGUGCAAAACGUAUAGUAGUAUAAAAUCUUGAUAAAAUCAAUUAUUCUAACUAUA